UUGCCGAGUGUAUGUUGUUGUUUGCUAUAGCCUAAGCAAAGGUUAUUCUCCUGCAAAUCUUGAUUGUUUCGACCGACAAUGGCGUAGUAUGGGAAUACUAUUUCCCCGGCCCUGGGUAUGUGAAUCGUGUACGUUACAAAACGAGUCUGGGGUAAACGAAUGCAUUGUCUGUGGUGCGCCCAGACCGGGGCCGAGAGCUGAAAAUUGCACGCCAGAACCGGAUGCAAAUGACCGUGAUGAGGUGUUGUUAAUUUGGGACUGUGACGUAUGCCUGACAAAGAACAAUGGCAGUGAAGGGAUAUGUUUUGCAUGUGGGCGACGUCGUGACCAUGUUGAUUCGGGAACACUGAAUGAAAAUGGUACUGUAAAGAACCAGAAUAAAAAAGCAGACAUCAACGUACCAGAUGCUACGAAGUGCGACGUAAAACCAAACAUGGCAUCAAAUGAAUCUAACUGGAAUUGUGUGCAUUGUACAUUUGCCAAUCCACUAGCCUCUACUGUCUGUCACAUGUGUGAAACACAGAGGAACGUGAACCAAGUCACUCAGAAUGGUUCAUCCCCAACACCUGAACCAAUGGAAGUUGAUUUGGUUGCAGACUCAGAGGAAGGUAAGACAGACUCCUCUAAGCAUAACAUUAUCCCAUCUGUCUUAGACAAUACUAAACAUAAUUUUACAGACGAUACUACGGGUACUUGGAAAUGCAAGCGAUGCACAUUGGAGAAUGCUAAUAAUGAAAAAUCGUGCAGUGUGUGUGAAGCUCCCAGAAAACUGUCAUCAUUACCUCAGCUUUCAAUAGACUCAAUUCGGUUGUCAAAUGAACCUACGAAAAACAUUGAUCGUUUUGGAAAUGCACAGAAAACAUCACCUAUUGUUAAAUCACCUAAGCGACCAAAAGAAAUUAUAGUUAAACCGACUGAUGAAGUACUCCCGACCAGAAGAUUGAAGGCUAUAAAGCCUAAGCAGGAAUUGAAAAAUGCGACUGAGCCUGUGGUUAUACCAUCUGACAUUGAACCAGUGGUUGAAACUGCUAGCACAUUAGUCAAUCUCACAAAAGAUGAUGUAGAGACUUCUUUCUAUGUGGACAUUGAAAACUCGAAUAAUGUUUUAAGUGAACAUAAAGGCACGUCAGAAAUGGAUUUUGAUGUAGGUUCGUGUAAAAAUGAACGCAUGCUGGAUAAUGCACUGAAUAAUAUGUCAGAUAGUAAGCAAUGCACUGAUCACAAUUUACUGGAGGAGAGUGACGAGGAUUCAGCGACUAUUGAUCUCACACGAGAAUCUGUUAAAUUUAUACCCAAAUCUCCAGGUGGAAAGAUUGCACGAGUGAAUGCUGUGAGAAUAAAAACCUGGAAAUGCAAAGCUUGCACAGUCAUGAAUGUUGAUGAUGCCAAAGAAUGCGCUGCUUGUGGAAUUGUGAAUGCCACAUCAAAUGCUACAACACCGCUAACGCCACUUUCCAAUGAGUGGCCUUGUCCUGUUUGUACCUAUCACAACACCAAUCUUGUCAACGUAUGCUGUAUGUGUCAGGCCCCGCAUCCUGAUUUUCUCCCCACUGUCAAUCUUUCACCAACAACUCCAACUGCCUCCACAUCGAUAGCAACAACAGCAGCUCCUAUUGGUAAGAAGUGGGACUGUCCGCGAUGUACUCUGGAAAACUCUACUAAAAGUUCAAAGUGUGUUUUGUGUGACUAUGACCCUGCUGAUACAAAAGAUGUGGAAUCUGAUGGUUUAUCUACAAAUAUACGUCAAAGCAUUGUUGCUGAAUCCAAGAGAAAGAAUGAUGAGGAAAGUGCCUGGGAGAGAUUUUCCAAAAUCAUUGGUUUCUGCUCACAGGAAAAAAUUCCAUUUGUGGAUGAUUCGUUUCGACCCACACCCAAGUCUCUCUACUAUAAUCCUGAAGAACGUGGUGAAACUAGAGUAUGUCAGUGGUUGAGACCUACAGAAAUAUCUUGUUCAACUAGAAGUGAAAUGAAAACACCGUGGGCUGUCUUCCGCACUCCCUUUCCAUCAGAUAUCUCGCAGGGAAUCCUGGGUAAUUGCUGGUUUCUAAGUGCAUUGUCAGUGUUAGCUGAAAGACCAGACUUGAUCGAGAAAGUGUUGAUAACCAAAGAAUAUACACCAGAAGGUGCUUACCAGUUAAGACUGUGUAAAGAUGGUAUCUGGCAAACUGUUCUUAUAGAUGAUCUGUUUCCUUGUGAUCAAAAUGGAUUUCUUGUCUAUUCUCAGGCUAAACGAAGACAGCUUUGGGUUCCGUUGAUUGAGAAAGCCAUGGCUAAAAUGCAUGGAUGUUAUGAAGCAUUAGUGUCUGGUAGAUGUAUUGAAGGAUUAGCUACAUUGACUGGAUCGCCGUGUGAGAGUCUACCAUUGCAUUCUUCCAGUUUGAACGCCAAUGAUCCGGUUGUUGAUAAAGAUCUGAUAUGGGCUAAAUUAUUGAGUUCCAAAGAAGCUGGUUUUCUGAUGGGUGCGUCAUGUGGAGGAGGUAAUAUGAAAGUAAACAAUAAAGAUUAUCAUGAUAUUGGUUUACGGCCGCGACAUGCGUACUCUGUGCUGGAUGUGCAGGAUAUACUAGUAUGUGGUCACAGAUUGAUCAGAUUAAGGAAUCCUUGGGGCACUUAUUCAUGGAAAGGAGAUUGGUCUGAUGAGUCUCCAUUGUGGACGCCGGAUUUACGAGAUGCCUUGAUGGUACACGGAGCUGCAGAAGGAGUAUUUUGGAUGUCGCUGGACGACAUGAUGAAUUACUUUGAUUGCAUAGACAUCUGUAAAGCCAGAACUGAUUGGUCAGAAGCCAGGUUGUCUGGUGUGUUUCCAGACUAUGCUGGUGGUCCAUUACAGGUUACUAUGUUACAAGUAAAUGAACCCACAGAGGUUGAUUUAGGACUUUUUCAGGAAACUGAGAGAGGUUCCGCAAAGAAUGCCCGUAGUCCGCUGGAUCUAAUGAUAACAGUGUUAAAGACCUCACAGAUGUCCACCAGCGGCAUGUAUAAAGUAGCUGCAUAUUGCCGAAGACAAGUCAAGGGAUUUGUUGGUUGUGAUGCAAUGCUGGAACCAGGCUUGUAUGUUAUUGUGUGUGCUGCAUUUAAUCAUUGGACCACUGGUGUGGAUAUGCAAGGUACAAAGAGUCCAGUACGGAAAACGCAUUUACCAAGUUACACCUUAACCAUACAUAGUUCCAAACCAAUCAUGCUGUCUCAGACCUCACCAACUAUGACGUGUCUCGCAGACUCUGUCAUUCAAGUCGCUGUUCAUGCGGGAAAACGACAUGAGGCUCGUGAAGGUGUCACAUGUUACUAUUUAGAUCAUGGUUGGGCAGGUUUGAUUGUCGUCGUUGAAAACCGCCAUCAAGACCGCUCAUUGCACAUCAAGUGCGAUUGUACUAAUAGUUUCAAUGUGGUGUCCAGCAGGGGAUGUUUGGUGACAACCGACAGUGUACCGCCAUUACACAGGCAAGUGUUAAAUGUUUUAAGUCAGCUGGAAGGCAGUGGUUUUACCAUUGUACAUCGGAUUACACACAGAAUGUCCUCUCAAGACACUCUUGAUAACUGGGGAGCAGGACAGUCACAUAUACCGUACAUAUCACAGGAUGUAUUUGGACUACAUUCAGUCAGGCCUUUAUAAUCUGGUGUUUUAUCUUUUGGAACCUAAUUAUCAUAUUUAUAUUUUACUAAACCAUGUUGUGAAUUAAUUAGCAUUUUAAUCUUUAUCACUAUCAGUCUUUGUUGCCCAAAUUUUGCUGCACUUUUGGAACCAACAUACCGUAAAAAAUUUCAGUCAAUUUUCAGUUUUUACUCAAAAGAAAUCUGGCUAUUUUUGUUUCAAUAUUCUGAAGCGAAGUGCAGACUAUAAACAGGAUUAUUUUGUGAAUUUUUGAUGAAAA